AUGUCUGGCGCAUGGCCUGCUAUUUGGUUCUUAGGAUAUCAAGAUACAAAUGGACAGUGGCCUUCUUGUGGCGAAAUUGAUCUCAUGGAGUACUACACUGGUGAUACACUUGCAAACAACUUCUGGGCUUCUGAAACUGGUACUGCAGGAGAUGCAAUUUUGACACCACUUUCUUAUUGGAGAGACCACUAUACUGGCAACUGGACAAACUUGUUCCAUGUUUGGAGAAUGGAUUGGGAUGAAGAGGCUAUCAAAUUGUACUGGGAUGAUGAACUUAUUAACUGUAUGUUAGUUACUCGUGGAGAAAACAAGAGCCCGGCAUCAAAGGUGAAGUAUCCAUUCUUAACACCACAGUAUUUGAUUAUUAACCUUGCAAUGGGAGCUUUUGGUGGAACAAUUGAUGACAAGACACUUCCAAUGCACUACUACGUUGAAUACGUACGUGUUUCUCAACAAGAGAGACAUAUCGAUGGAAUUAAGUGUCAUCACUGCCAGAAAUAA